UGUGCCUUUAAGAAUCGAGAGCUCAGCUCUCUAUCCUCUCGUUCUCCAUCUCCACCUUUCUCCCUGUCUGUCGUUGAGGGUUUCAAAGGAUAUCAACCGGGCCUGAGAUAGGCUACUCAUAAGCGAUAUUCAGCAUUUAAGGAAAAUUAAUCAGGAGGAGAAUGGAUCCAGUUUGAGCAUCUUGACUGAUAAGUUGCCGAGUGUGAUCCUGUAACCAUGGCGACCUGUGGGCGUGGUUGCGUCCCGGCAGUGCGUUUCUGCCAAAGGCUGAACCGACUGAAGACCCUGGAUGAUGAUUUGAUGGUGACAUCAAUGAAGCGCUGCCUGACCAUGGUGGACCUGGCCCUGCUGGGUGUUGGUGGCAUGGUGGGCUCUGGUCUCUACGUCCUGACUGGCACUGUGGCCAAGGACACCGCGGGACCUGCCGUGGUCCUCUCCUUCCUCAUAGCAGGCAUCGCCUCCCUGAUGGCCGCCCUCUGCUAUGCUGAGUUCGGGGCUCGCGUGCCCAGAACGGGCUCGGCCUACAUGUUCACCUAUGUUUCUUGUGGAGAAAUAUGGGCCUUUCUCAUUGGCUGGAACGUAGUGUUGGAGUACAUGAUUGGUGGGGCCGCGGUGGCGCGGGCGUGGAGUGGUUACCUGGACUCCAUGUUUAACCACACUAUCCAGAACUACACAGAGAACCACAUAAUGAAGUGGAAUGUUCCCUAUAUUGCCCACUACCCUGACCUGCUGGCCGCCGGGAUUCUAGUGGUUGCCACCAUCUUCAUAACCUUCGGAGUGCGAGUCUCUUCUUGGCUCAACCACAUCUUCUCCGCUGUUAGUCUGGUUGUCAUACUCUUCAUCUUGGUGUUUGGCUUCGUGCUGGCCGAUCCAGUCAACUGGAGCCAGAAAGAAGGAGGUUUUGCACCGUUCGGUGUGUCUGGGGUUAUGGCAGGCACAGCCACCUGCUUUUACGCAUUUGUUGGCUUCGAUGUGAUUGCAGCCUCCAGCGAGGAGGCAAAGAACCCCCAGCGAGCCAUUCCUAUGGCCACAGCCAUCUCCUUGUGCAUGGCAGCCACAGCCUACAUCCUGGUCUCCACUGUCCUCACUCUCAUGGUGCCCUGGCACUCCCUCGAUCCCAACUCCGCUCUGUCUGACGCCUUCUUCCGCCGAGGCUACAGCUGGGCUGGCUACAUCGUGGCAGUAGGGUCCAUCUGUGCCAUGAACACAGUGCUCCUCAGCAACCUCUUCUCCCUCCCUCGGAUUGUUUACGCUAUGGCGGAGGAUGGCCUCUUCUUCGCCUUCUUCGCCAAGGUCAACCCUGUCACCAAGGUCCCUGUGAAUGCCAUCUUGGUGUUUGGCCUCCUCAUGGCCGUCAUGGCGCUCAUCUUUGACCUGGAGGCCCUGGUCCAGUUCCUGUCCAUCGGCACCCUCCUGGCCUACACCUUUGUGGCAGCCAGUGUCAUUGUGCUGCGCUUCCAGCCUGAGAAGGAGAAGACCAGUUCCAAGGCUAACUCCACUACCUCCCCUAACACCAACUACAACCCAGAGCCCUCACCCGAAGCCUCCGAGUCCCAGAUCAUAGCUCAGGACAGCGGGGAGCUGAAGGAGUAUGAGUCCUUCUCAGACAAGCUACAGCUGGUGGAGAUGCAGAAGACCAGGGAACGCAGCGCCCCAGGGGUGUUGAAGGCCCGCUGGGAGCCCUACCUGGGCAGGUUGCUAGGGGACUUUGAGCCGGGGGAGGUGGUGGCCUUCUCUGUGCUGGCGGUGAUGGUGAGCUCUGUGUCCCUCUGUGCCGUUUUUGUGUUUGGGAGUAACCAGCUGCAGCUGCCUACGUGGAGCUUCGCCGUGCUAAUAGUGGUGUUUGGCUCAACCUUCCUCCUCAGCCUGGUCGUCAUAUAUGCCCAUGAACCACACAUCAACACCAAAACCUUCCAGGUACCCUUGGUCCCAUUCAUCCCUGGUGCAAGCAUCCUCAUGAAUGUGUUCCUAAUGCUGAAGCUCAGCCCAAUGACCUGGAUCCGCUUUACCGUAUGGGUGGCUGCAGGUCUACUGGUGUAUUUUGGCUAUGGGAUAUGGCACAGUAAGGAGGGCCUGAGGGAGCUGCAGCCCAAGGACAUGGCUGCCAGGUACGUGGUGCUCCCUAGUGGCAGCCUGGUAGAGACAGUCCAGUCAGUGCAGCCGAACGGACAUGGGGACGCCAGCGCCCUCCACACCACCCCCUCCCCCGCCCAGUCUGCUGAAGAGCAGCAGGCAAAGAGAUGAUGUGUAGGAACUAUGAAGGGAGCCAUCUUUAUUUCAGUGGGCCGUUUAUCAUCUAUCUGCUCCUACUCAUACAUUACCUCACUCUCUUCUUCUCUGACUUCCCUCUCGUGACUGGCCUCAUACAAUCAGUGUGUACUGACACAAGUCUGUGUUUCUCUGCGUUAGUAAGUACACAUCACACAAUGACAUUUACGCUCUCUCAUUCUGAAACAUAUUUAUAUUUAUUUUGACAUAUUGUAUCUCUUAAUAUGGGAACAUAGUAAUAAAGCUAUCUAGCAUUGUUUAGGAUAUUGCUAUUGGUUAUAAUCACUGUAUUUAAAAACAAAAUGGUAGAUAAACCAGCACAGGUGUUAUUUCCUUGUUAGCAUUUCUCUCAACUCCUCAAUUGAUCUGCUUUUUAAUGUCUCUCAGUCACUCACAAUUUAAUGUGUUUGGUAGUAGGAUGGUGCUUUUGGUCAUAGCAUACAUUGAGUCAUGUUGAUAAGCUGCAUUUUUCGUUUUGUAAGCACUGGAAUGAAUGGACCUUUGUUUAGACACACCCAAGUACAAACACAUAUUCACAUUUGCUUUCUCCCUCUCUCUCUCUCUCACACACACACACACACACACACACACACACACACACACACACACACACACACACACACACACACACACACAAGCAUUAUUCUUGCCUGAGGAGAGACUAGGUUCUGUCAGUGGGUCAUGUGGGUCCACUUACAACCCCUGGGACCACCUCAAGAUCCCCCUCAUUCCCCCGCACUAGUGGCUGCUCAGCCAAACGCAAAUCAUUUACAUACAUUUUCUAUUUUAAUGAUUAUUUCGGACUUGUUUCAUGUAGUUUCUGAGCUGUGAAUCAGUCUAUUUUAUCAUUUUAAUUUUGCAUUUCACUGAUGGCAUAUCACACACAUAUUAUGUUCUGUUUUGGGAUGUUUUUGUACCUCGCUUCGUAUCAUAAUGACCCGACUCCACUUGUUAAUGUUCUCUGUCUCCAUCACAUGAGAUUGUCACUCUCUUCUUCUAAGGCGGAGUAGGCCUUUCAACCUCUCGCUUAAUCCACUGACUCCCAUCCAAUGACCUCACUCACUCUUAUGUGUCCCAGAUUUUGCAAUCAACCUAAUAUCUACUGAGAAGGGUUAUUCCCCCAAUGCACAAGAACUAGACAGCGACCCAUUCCCCUUCUGUGUGCUAGCAUGAGAUUAGUUUAUACAACCAUCUAAUAUAAAAGCACCUGGAUUAUUUUAGCUAUGGUUUUGUUCUCAUUUCUCCUCAUACACAACAGUGAUAAUGCGAGACGAGAGUUAUUAACAUGUGUUUUAAUACAUGCUUUUUGUAAGGCAAGCACAAACCCAGUUCAUGAUGUACCUGAACAGGGUAUUUGGUGCUGCUGUUUAGAACCAUAUUAACAAACAGGGAUUGAGUGUUUUGUCAGACUAUGCCAGCCAUAGGACAUCUCUUAUCCUCAUGAGACCUCUGUAAUCCGACAGAUUUGCAGCAGUCCCUGCGGUUGACCAAUAGCUUGAUCUAGAUUACAUACACGCAGAGAUCACUCUCACUCGUAGUGCUGGAUUACACUGACCUCCUCAGAGAGGGAUUGCACUCUCACACCCAGUUACUCACUACCCUGUCUGAUAGCACAGUGUUCGAGAGGGCAGUAAGAUGUCAUGACAAUGUAACAUUGUCUCAACGUGAUAAUCAUAACAUUCCCAUAGCUAAGGUUUUCAGUCCUGAGAACGGAUUAUUUUGUUACCUAUAAGGUGUAUAUUUGUCUGUUUGUCACAUUUGGAGAUUGAGGUAAAACGUCUACCAUUUAUCUGCAUAAUAAUAAUGUAACUACAACAUUGCCUUGAUGUUAUUAGCGUUUUCUAUAUAUCACAGUCCUUAGAAUGAUGAAAAAUAAGCAUGAGUCCCUCACUACCGGCUACCAACCUCACACGUGUCUGUAGCUCACCUUAGUGUGGUACUCAAAAAUAUGUUUGUUUUGUCUCUUAUUUAUUAGUUAUUGUAAACAUACAUUUGUUUAUGUAAAUAUAUGACACAAGCAACCAAUGGCCUUAAAGAUGUUUUCAUGAGUACAGAAUGAUUCCCAAAGCUUACGUGAAAUGUAAACAACUUUAGUUGUUCAGGUAGCUUUUCACCUCUAUCCAAGUAGUUUACCCUGUUAUAAUCUCAGUAUUUAUUCAUAGGAUAUUAUAUUGUAAACUACUAUAUUCCAUUCAAUUGAUUUCAACAACAGAUACAGCCUUUGAAGUAAUCAAAUGUUGGUGGAUGUGGGGAUAACAAAAAUAUUAAAUGGAUUUUUGUACAACUUUGCACAUAGUUUAAGAUUUUAACUGCAAACGACUGUCUGUGUCUCUCUACCAGCGUGUCUCUGUUUUUCCUGCGUGGGCAAGUGACAGGUGUUGGCACUAUGGUGCUUUUGGCAAGCUGAACAUUUCCUCACCUCGAUGAGUUACGCUCUCUGUCUUGUGUGUCAGUAAGCACAAUGCGCUAUGGGCUCUGACUGUACCUAUGUACUCUGUACUUACACAUUCAAAUUCUAAGUAUUUUUUGUUGUAUAAAGUCUAAAAGAAGCUGUGUUAUUUCGUGACAAAUAAAUGUUUUGAAGCAGCA